GAAAAUGUGGUUCUGACUUUGAGGUCUGCCUGACGUGCUGUUUCAGUGAGCCAAAUUUCAGCUUGAUCGGAGUCGAUGAGUUGUGAGGGGGUUUCCCUUGAUAGUGAGAGAUCGUGUGUAAAUUUCAAAAAAAUAGAGCAGGCGUGAUAUUCUAAAUUAAUUUAAUGCGAAAGUAUUUUUCCCCUGAAACAAUCUUACGAAUAAGAAAUACAUUGAGCAAGAGGCUACUCGUACCUAUUCGGUAAGUAAUUUUGUAAAGAAAAUUCUCAAUUUUCUCUGAUGAAAAAAAUCUUUCACCUUUUUCAAAGAAUUGUUGAGAAUUGAAUGAAUUUUUUCGUGUUAGGUAUGGGAAAAUAUUUUGUUUUUCGGGUGGUACCUACACCUAGGUAGAGAGACACCAAAUCAAUUUCAGUAUAGUGACGUAGGUGACCGUAAAAACCCAAACAGGUUAUCUGCUUCGAUACAUAUUAUUAUUUUAAUAUUGAAUGAAUAAUAUUAGUACCUUAAGCACUUGUUGGCAUUCAUCUCUUCAACCAAUAAUAUUUUUUUCAUUACGAACUAAGAAUUCUACACUCAUUGCUCUCGUAUACUGUUCGUGUCAAUGUUAAUAUUUUAAUUUUUUUUUUUUUAAUAAUUUCCACUUAUUCUCAAUUACUUACACAUUAGUUAUAUUUUCAAAAAUGUGCAACGUGCUCAAAUGAGAAUAGGGAACUCAUCUACUUAAUCAUCAAGAGAAUAAGUAUGGUUAGGCUUAAUCCUAUUGAUCGCGUUAAUCACACUCGUGUUUACUUUUUGUUUUUAAAUUAUAUUUGUUUCAUUGUUUUAUGCAGUUCAGAAUCGUAUGGAUCAAGGAAAGAGAAUAAAGAGAUAUCGCAUCACAUUCGAUCUGAAUUUCAGAAAUGUGCGUAUGGACAGUGUGUCAGCUCAUGGAAUGCCUCCGUUGGCCAAACAAGAAGAAAACGGGCUACCGAUAAUUCUUGCACUGCACCAUCAACAUCGCCAGCCCGAACUAUAAAAUAUACAUGCAAUGGAAGUACAAACAGUGAUUGCAUUACAAAUGGAAUCGUAUCAGAAUUUACCAGCGCCACAAUUUCAUGUAAUUCGGGCUAUUCUUCAAGGAAUGAGGGAAACGAAUUUCAUUCAUUUUGCCUUAAGAAAACUUGGUCUCCCCAAAUUGAAAAAUGCCAUAAAAUAUGUGAUCCACUGAUUCGGGAAAACGUUGAUCUUGAAUGCUUUUACCGAGACACUCGUAUUUCUUGCGAUGAUAAUUCACUAAUAGCAGGCGUAAGAGUAAUACCAACGUGCAAACACUUGUACACGUAUAAAGACAUUUAUCCAACUUAUCGAGAAAUCAAGUGUGGAGAAGAUGGAAAAUGGGAUAAAACUUUAUUUUCAUGUGUCCCAGAAUGUGGCCUCCCAUUUGACAGUAAAGUCAAACCCUUGAUAUCAUAUAGUACUGCAGAGCACUUUGGCGAUUCACCUUGGCACGUGGCUAUCUAUAAUGAAAAUAAAAUGUUAAUCUGUGGUGGCACAAUCAUAACUACUAAACUGAUCCUCUCUGCUGCACACUGUUUUUAUAACGAUGCAACUAACACAAAAUUGAAUGCGGAAAAUUACGAAGUUGUUGUGAGCAAAUUCACCCGCACUUAUACUACUAAAGAUAAUUCAGAACAAAAAGUUUUCAAGGUAAAAGAAAUUCGCUUUUCCAAACGAGGUUAUAUUGGCUUGGAAAAUCGUUACGCUGCUGACAUAGCGAUAUUAAUUUUAAACGAGGGUAUCACAAUAUCACCCUCCGUUUUACCAGCUUGUGUUUACUGGACACGUCCUAAACGAAAUCCUCUAGAAGGUGUACUGGGCAAAGUUGUAGGUUGGGGAUUAAAUGAAAAAGGAGAUUACCCAGAAAAUCUAACAACCACCAAUUUGCCAUACAUAAGUCAUUCAAGAUGUUUGGAUCAGGUGCCCAUUGAUUACAGGGUUUUUAUAACAUUUGAUAAAUUUUGCGCUGGCUCAGAGACAGGUCCUGCUGUUUUAAAUGGCGAUAGUGGCGGUGGAUUAAUGUUUGUAGACAUCAAUUAUCAUUCUUAUAUCCGUGGAAUCGUCAGCGUAAAACAAAACUCAGGUUCUCCAACAGGAAUAGCUACAUUCACUAAUGUAGAAGAUCAUCUUGAUUGGAUUACGGAAGUGCGUGACGAAAUCGAAAGUUCAGGAUCAGUUGUAGAAUGUGGUCAUAAACCAACGAAUUCAAAUAACUUAUCUCCAUGGCACGUCAACAUACGAAAGAUCGCCGAUCAUGAAAUUACAUGGGGUGGGACUAUAAUAAGUCCUCGUAUGAUUUUAUCAAUUGAGCUGAAUAUCGGACAAGUCGAUCGUAACUUCGUCAGUGAUUCUGUAAAGAUUAAUUACACCAUUACGAAUAAAAUGGAUAACCCAAAUGAUUUCGAAGUAGUCACGGGUUUUGGCUCAAGCAUUCAGAAAUCUUACAAAAUUGAAGGGUUCCGUUUUAUGAAUGGAAAAACCAAAGACUACAACCGCUUGGACCAGCUUAAUAAUAUAGUUAUAAUAAUUCUAUACGAUGGAAUCUUUUUCAAACCAGGCGAAAUAUCACCAAUUUGUGUAGAAUGGACGAAUCCAAGCACACUUAAUGAUUCGGAAAGAACAGCUGAAAUAAUGACAUCACCGAGCAGUGGUAAUUUCGAUGUUGUAAAUUCAAAUGUUUUAAGCCAUCAUGCAUGUGUGAAGAAAAAUCAAAAUAAUUCAACUGUUAUACGUGAUGAUCAGUUUUGCCUUUCGUUUCCACUGAGUCACUACGCGCGGUCUCAUGCUUUUGAUUACGUGAUUGGAACUGGCGUUAUAUUGAAACAAAAUUCUCGCUACUAUAUUCGAGGAAUAAGUAGUUACCGAUUUAUGUUGACAAAGGGUACCGGUAUUUCUGAUCUUCCAAUAUUCGCAGGAGCCGUGAUAGAUAUAGCUCAUUAUAUCAACUGGAUCAAAAGUGUGCGUGAUACGAUAUUAUAAAACUUGUAAGUAUUUCGUAAAACAACGACGAAGCACCGAAAUCAGACGAUAUCGAACCUAAGUACCUAUAUUGGUAAUUUGGUAGGUACCUAAAUAAAUAUUUUUGUACAAAUUGAGAAA